GUUUCUUGCUGAACUUCCGAUUAACAUGAACCGUCUAUUCUCUCUGACUUUGCUGCUGCUGCUGGUGGGUCUAACUUUGGCUGCUUCCCUACCUUUAAACAGCAAUGAGGUUGACAUUGAACCCUCUUUGAGGUUGGAUGGACGUAUUGUAGGCGGUUAUCCCGUGGACAUCACCAAUCAUCCCCAUCAGGUUUCCAUGAGACGGAGAUCGUGUGAGACUUGCCCUUACACCCACUCUUGUGGCGGCAGUAUUUACAAUGAGAAAGUCAUCAUAACCGCCGCCCAUUGUGUUAAUGGACGUUUUGCGGAGAACUACACCAUUGUGGCUGGCACCAGCAAAAGAAAUACAGCCGAUGGUGUGGUAGUGCGAGUGGAAAAAAUUGUGAUGCAUGAAGACUACAAUGGCGCCGUAUAUACCAACGAUGUGGCUCUGAUGAUUCUGGCCUCCCCUCUGCCUUUGAAUGGUAUAACCAUGGCCCCGGUGGCCUUGGCCACUGAAGUUCCACCCCAUGGCUCGAAAUCGGUUAUAACUGGCUGGGGCACUAUUCAAUCGGGUGGUUUUGCUUCCGACCAAUUGUUGGCCGUCAAUGUGCCCAUUGUUAGCAACGAGCGCUGUGAUGACUACUAUGCUGUCUCAUAUGGCCCCGGACGCAUUACGGACAGCAUGUUGUGUGCCGGUGUGGAGGGUGAAGGAGGCAAAGAUGCCUGUCAGGGUGAUUCUGGCGGUCCUUUGUUGGUGAAUGGCAAACUGGCUGGCAUUGUUUCAUGGGGUCGCAGUUGUGCCCUGGGCGAUUAUCCCGGAGUCUAUGCCAAUGUGCCUUAUUUGCAUGAUUGGAUUAUGACCAACAUUGAGGCUAAUCUAUAGAGAGAAUGAACUUUUCACAUUAAAAUAAUAAAAU